AUGGCACAGGAAAUGGAACUAGACGUCCUACCAGCCACGGGGACGACAGAGAAAGACGAACGCACAGGGGAUGCUCAUGGCGUGGCAUUGGAAAAGGCAGUGUCAAUUGCGAAUGAUGGGAAGAAGAGGAGCAGAUUUCAUAUGGUGGCCAUCAUCACCGCGCUAUUUCUCCUUCUCUUCGUAGCAGCCCUCGAUGCUACAAUCGUCGCAACAGCUGCACCAACUAUUGCCCGUGACCUCCGCUCUGCAGCAGGGUACACAUGGAUAGGAGGGGCCUACCUCCUCGCCAGCGCUGCGAGCGGUCCCAUCUGGGCAAAGCUUUCAGAUAUCUGGGGCCGCAAGAUCAUAAUCCUUGCUGCACUUGUCAUCUUCUUCAUUAGCUCGGCUGUGUGCGCCUCGGCCAAGACAAUGGAAGGAUUGAUCAUCGGAAGAGCGUUUCAGGGAGUCGCGGGUGGUGGGUCGAUUUUGCUGGUCCAUGUGUGCAUCAGUGAUCUUUUUAGCUUGAGGCAGAGAAGUCUGCUCAUGGGAUUUACAGAAGGUAUUUGGGCUCUUGCGGGCGGUAUUGGUCCUGUACUUGGUGGUGUAUUUGCUAGUCUGGCUACAUGGCGGUGGUGUUUUUGGAUCAAUCUGCCUAUCUGCGGUUUCUCCGCACUUCUGGUCCUACUCUUCCUUGAUAUACAACAUGAACAUACUUCCUUUGUUGAUGGUAUCAAGGCCAUUGAUUGGGCUGGCAUAUUCACGUUCCUAGGCUUCACUUUGAUGCUGCUACUGGGUCUGGAUUUUGGCGGUGUUCUCUUCCCAUGGGACUCGGCUAAGAUCAUUGCCUUGCUGGUCGUUGGAAGUCUGAUGAUCUUUGCUUUUGUCUAUAGCGAAGCUCGUGUUGCCAAGUAUCCCCUCAUUCCAAUGGAGUUGUUCAGACGAAGGACAAAUGUUGCUGCGUUUGCAGUCGUUUUCUUCCACGGUUUCGUUUUUAUUGCUGGAGAGUACUAUAUGCCAUUGUAUUUCCAGUCAGUCCUAGAGGCUUCCCCUGUACGGUCAGGUCUCCUCUUAUUACCCUUCAUCGUCACUGGCGCAAUCAGUGGGGUAAUUUGCGGUUUCAUCAUCCACCGCACUGGCCGAUUCCGGGAGAUCUCAUGGGGAGGCACAUUGCUACUCACCCUUGGUUUCGGCCUCUUCAUCUCCUUCGAUGCAUUCACAUCCACGGUCAAGGCGGUCUGCUUCCUUAUCGUCGGCGGUCUCGGCUCAGGCGUGCUUUUCGAAGCGCCGCUCAUCGCAAUCCAAAGUCAGGUUGAGCAACAAGACGUGGCGACGGCAACGUCAACCCUGGCAUUUAUUCGAAACAUUGCAGUUUCCAUUUCGACAAUCAUCGGUGGCACGAUAUUCCAGAACUCAAUGAACAACCGCGCGCCGGCUCUGCGCGCCGCGGGCCUGCCAGAAGAUCUGCUACGCCAGCUGGAUGGCGACAGUGCCAUGGCGAAUGUGAUGCUUCCGGGCACGCUGGACAAUCCGGUCUGGGAGCUUGCAGCGAAGAAGGCUUUUGCGUACGCGAUGCAGAAUAUGUGGAUUACGUACACUUGUCUUGGGUUCUUGGGCUUUGUUGCGAGCCUCUUCGUGGAGGCGGCGCAUUUGGGAACUGACCAUGUUGAGACGGUUACCGGGCUGAGGAAAGAGAAGGAUAGGACGGAUACAGAUAGUUCGUAG